GAGGUGUUGGGCGGGAAGGUGAGGGUGCCGGUGGCCGUGCGCUCUUCGGGUGCCCUCCUGUCUCUUCUCUCUGGCCACGUUAACGUGUUUAUGGCUCUUCAUCUAAAUUGGAAAAGACCUACAAGAUCACCAAGCCGGCCAUCUGUCCGGCCUGCUGAGCCCCUCCACCGAGCCAUGUCCUUCUCUGCUACAUCUGCACGUCUCUGAGAUGCCCCCAGGGAUGGAGUCUCCACUGCCUCCCUGGCAGCCCGCUCCAACGCCCAACCACCCCUUCCAUGAAAAAAUUCAUCCCCAUACCCAACCUAAACCUCCCCUGGUGCAGCUUGAGGCGCUUUCCUCACAUCCUAUUACUUUUCACACAAGAAGAGUGACCACCAACCCUUCUCACUGCAACCUCCUUUCAGCUACUGUCAGACCGAAAAAUGAAGUAGAACAGAAGCAGCUCUGUGCGUUUGGGGAGUAUGUGGCUGAGAUCCUGCCCAAGUAUAUCCAGCAAGUACAGGUGACCUGUUUCAAUGAGUUGGAGCUUUUGAUCCAUCCAGAUGGGAUUAUUCCAGUUCUGACCUUCCUCCGAGAUCACACUAACGCCCAGUUCAAGUCCUUGGCUGACUUGACUGCUGUUGAUGUCCCAUCUCGGCAGUACCGCUUCGAGAUUGUUUACAAUCUCCUGUCUCUGCGAUUCAACAGUCGGAUCCGUGUGAAAACAUACACUGAUGAGCUGACACCUAUUGACUCAGCAGUGUCUGUGCACAAAGCAGCAAACUGGUAUGAAAGAGAGGUUUGGGACAUGUAUGGUGUUUUCUUUGCCAACCAUCCUGAUCUAAGGCGAAUCCUCACAGACUAUGGGUUUGAAGGCCAUCCUUUCCGGAAGGACUUUCCACUCUCUGGUUAUGUAGAGGUGCGGUAUGACGAUGAAGUGAAACGGGUAGUGGCAGAACCUGUGGAGCUAUCUCAGGAAUUUCGCAAGUUUGAUCUGAAUAGCCCUUGGGAGGCAUUUCCUGCUUAUCGUGCACCUCCAGAACCCCUGAAAAUAGAAGCUGGAGCCAAGAAGGAAGAUGCAAAAUAACAGCAGAAUGGAGCGGGUGCAUGGCACCAUCCUUUCUGAUCAAAUGCUGUUGUGGCUGGCAGUGCUUGGGAUGUGACUCAGAACAGCAUUCUCUAAUUAAGACCGGUAGCAUUUGCCAUUAUUACAGCUUUUACAUUAUUAUUACAGCUCUUUAUAGGAAGAAAAAAAAAAAAAGAGAGAGAGAAAGGAACACAAGAAGUCUACAGAAGUUUGUAUUUUAAAUAAUUUCUAGGUCCCCUUAUGAUCUGCCAGUGUUUGAAUUGAUUAAAUAGGAAAUGUACUUUUAAUCAUUCCUACAGCUGGUUCUAUUUUCUGUUGCAUUGGCUCUCUUGGAUGCCAGUGCUCAUUGCACAAGACAGAAGUGUAUAGCAGCACUUCUGUUACUGUGGUAAUUAUUAAUAAAGAACAUUUUUCCCCA